CACAAGCAAACAUUUCACAUGUUAAUCUGUCCGUCCGUCUACCUAUCUAUUAUAUUCAUUGGAGCACCAUCUCAACACCAUGUCUCUCCUUUUAGGGUUUGGAUUGCUGACCUGCAUAGCAUCAUCAGAGUCCAGCUCUGUGUUUGUGCUGAAGGGACAGGAUGUUCGUCUGGAUGUCCAGGAAAAUGUUCAACUGAAAGAGUUUGAGGUUUUUAAGUGGAUCUUCGGAUCAGCCAAUAUCCUAAGAUGCACUGACACAUUGUCAGUGAGAGUGUCUCCUGAGUACAACAACAGGGUUGAGUUUUAUAAGGGAAACUUCUCUCUGCUACUGAAGAACAUACAGGAAGGAGACAGUGGACCUUAUACUGCAGUAGUGAGUGGUGACAAAGAAAAUACUAUUAUUGCAUACCAGUUAAUUCUCCAAGAGAGAGUUGAGCCUCCAGUCCUGACAGUGGACUCUGUCUCCUACAUCAAUGCCACCUGUAGUGUGACUGUGACCUGCAGAGGUCAGAACACCUCUGUCACCUCCAGCUGUAACAGCAGCACCUGCUCUCAGGUGGGAGGAGAGAGUAGAGGGGCUGAGACCUCCACUGUCCCCCUGCUCUCUGUCUAUGUGGCAGGGGGUUCCAUCAUCUGUAACCACAGCAACCAAGUCAGCUGGGCCAACGACACCAAGGAGAUAGUGGAACUCUGUCCAUUGAAAUCUGUGUCUCCCCCUGCUGGUAGCAUGUCUGUGUGCAUGCUGAAGAUCAUCCUGGUGUCUGUGGGGCUGGUCAUCAUGAUCUCUGCUGUCAUCACUGUCCACAUCAGGGACAGAUUCCACUAUGGAUAGAAUCCUGUGUAUUGUAUUAUUUCUACCUCAGACAAAGUGAUUUAGACUCAUGCUUCAUCACUGAAAAAGUAGAGAUUCAUGAUGAUUAUUAUCAGCAUUUUGUCUCAUCUGGUUUCCUAUUUGAAAUAAUUGUUGGUCAUACUGGUCUUGGCCAGUCAGUUGGCUGCUCUUCCCACAUAAAGCCUCCAGUUCCCUCGAUGGAUGAUCGAUCAGUCAACCUACUUUUGUAGAAAUCUUUGACACCUUUUGGAAGCAGACUAUGCUCUAUAAGGAGGAUGGGAUCCACCCUAAUCACUUGGGUGUCUGGAUCCUGUCUCACAAGGCAGCGUUGAGGCAUUGACUGAUCAAAUCACGCUCCUCAAAGGUAUUUACUCCCCUUAAAACCUCUCUUGGGCACGUGAGACGGUAGCGUCCCACCUCUUCAACCGCCAGUGAAACUGCUGG